AUAAUAAACAUUUAAUCAAACUCUUUUCUCUUUGUUUCUUCUCCGUCAGUAGGUACUUAAUAAUCUAAUUGUAACGUUGCGAUGUAACUAACAUCGCGGUGAUUCCUCCACCAGUUGAUCAACAACGUUUGACAAAGAGUACGCGACCAGCGAAAGCUCAGUCAUUGUCCGCAAAUCGAAAGCCUCUCUCCUCUCCAAAAAUCCCCUCUUUUACGUAACCUUGAAUUAGUUUAAUAAAUCGCCCGCCUAAUUGCAGCGCUUUCUUUGUUCUUUAUUGUGUGAUACUAAUGCCGCAAAUAUCGAGAACAAAGCUCAGUGAACACUGAAUGUACUCGCGUCGCAUUUGUAUGCUUUACGUUGCGUUACAUUUUUCUAUCAUUUUUAUUCUUGUCGAAGAUGUCUGAACAAAUCGGAAAUAGAGUUUAUAAUUAUUUAAUUGGAUUUGAAAUUCAUAAUAUUAAUAAUAUUAAGUUACCUUCGUGUAGGGAUGUAUUGAAUCUCUUUAUGUACAAACAUCGAUCCUUAAAAUUAAGUAUACGAGCAAGUGCUAGUAGUGUGAUCAGUGAUACGAAUGCUAUUUGGGCUAAUCUUUUCAUUCCAACUUCUCGACCUCAGCACAGUAUUAAAAAAUUGGAAAAAAUUCACAGUGACUACAUGAAACUGAAGAAUCAUCGAAGUCAUGCAAAGACAUCGAAAAGACAACGAACAAAUGUGGAACAGUUUAGCAAACGUCUUGAUAAAUUAUUUGACAUUGCAAAUUGUGCUGCACUAAAAAAUUUACCGAAAAAUUUGCAGCAAUUUUUGACAGAUUGUCGUAAAGGAAAUAGAAAUAUCCAUCUACCAGCAAUUGACGUUAUACCAGAAGAAACUUCUGGAAAUCUGUCUGCGAUGGAAGUAGAAACUCCCAAUAAUGAGGAAAUUGGAAUGAAAUUAUCCCAACAGUCGUCCUUAAAUAGUUUCUGUAGUUCCAUAUCAAAUUCCAGUGAAUUGAAGCGAACUUGUUCAGACUUUGAAGAUACAAUGCCAGCGCCUAAGAAAAAUAAAAUUGAUAUUCUGACUUCGGAAUUAGUAUUAGCACUAGAUAGAACUAAAACUAGUAACAGAAAUGCGAUGUACAUCAUUUCUGCUGUUAUUCAAAGUUUAGGACUUGAGAUUGAUAAAUAUAAUUUAAGUUACUCCACUAUUCGCAAUGCGCGUAUUUCAAAAAGAGAAAAAAUUGUCGAUACGAUCAAAGAAGAAGAAAUUUUUGAUGACUCUCUCGUAGUGCACUGGGAUGAAAAGAUGCUUUCUGCGGGAAAUGGUCAACCAAAAGCAGAACGAUUAUCAAUACACGUCACCGGAAUAAAUACUGAUAAAAAUUUAAAAACUCCGAUUCUCUCUGAUGGCACAGGUGAAAGCCAAGCUUCAGCCAUUUUUGAAACGCUGAUAGAGUGGGAUCUUUGCGAUAAUGUUAAAGCAAUGUGCUUUGAUACAACUAGUUCAAAUACCGGUUGUUUUAAUGGCGCAUGUGCAUUAUUAGAAGAUAAAAUUGGCCGUGACUUAUUAUAUCUUGCUUGUCGCCAUCAUACUUCUGAAUUGAUGUUACGAAAUGUUGCAGAAGUUGCUUGGCCAGUGACGAAUAGUCCAAAUGUACCAAUUUUCAAAAGACUCAGAGAUAAUUGGGAAAAAAUUGAUAAAUCUGCGUAUGAAAUCGGCACAGAGGAUAAAGAUAUUGCACUUAUUUUAAAUCAAAGAAAAGACGAUAUUCUUGACUUCAUAGAAAAUCAACUGAAGAAUCAUCAUCCGAGAAAUGAUUACAAGGAGUUUUUGGAGCUGAGCUGUAUCUUUUGGGUGGUAUCAAAAGUCAUAGAGCCGAAUUUAAAGCACCUGAAAAUAUGUGUUUUCAUCGUAAUAUUUUAUGUAAAAAUAUGGUUUACUGCUCCUAAUGCAAUAAAUGCUCCAAACUCGGAUUUGCAAUUAGUAAAAGAUCUUAUUGACUACAGAAAAAUACAUCCAGAAAUUGCAAAUGCAGCACUCGAUAAAUUGUCUCGGCAUUUGUGGUACUUACACGAAAAUCUUGCUUGUUUAGCUCUUUUGAUGAAACUGUGUUCAGUGACCCGUACUGCCUCGCCAGUACCACUACAAAACUUGGCUGGACACUGUCUAGAAGCUGUAACUGCUGUCAAACCCUCUGAUAAGAAUUUGGAAAUAAUGAUAAUACCAAAAGGAACAACUGGAAAUAUUCAGCCACUUGAUGUUUUCGGAUUCAGAAUAUGGAAAAAAUUUGUCAAACAUUCUUCUGACAGUGUAAUAUUGAUGGGUCAAGAUUUGAAUUUACAUUUGAGAAAUAACAUCAUUAAGUUACAAUCGCUUACUCAUAAUCAACUUUCAUCUCCUCGAUAUAGAGAUCUUUUCAAGUACUCUUGGUUCAAAAGUGGUUACGUAGAGAUAAAACCAAACGAAUACGAAAAUCCUAGUAUCGGAGAAUUGUUCAUUCCAAUGCCCACCAUUCACUAA